AUGAGAACAGACAUGCAAGUGAGGAUCUGCCUCGUCUGUUUCGACGUGGGUCACUGCAUACCCAAAUGGGGCCGCGAUUUCAGACCAGCAUAUAAACAGACUUGUGGUGUGGUGACGCUGUUUGGGGAAGUCCCAACCCGACAUCGAGCUCUGGAUAUGUUCCACAGCAAUAUUUCACAUGACAGAUCAUCUGAUAUCAUAGACAAUUUUCGUAUAAGAGGGAGUUGUACUAGAAUGGUAGUCACCACUCUGGCCCUAGGACUUGGAGUGGAUAUCGAAGACAUCAAUUUGGUGGUCAACUGGGGAGCAGAAGAUGCUCUCACAUAUUGGCGACAGAUCGGGCAGUGCGCCUAA